UUGGUUUAGGUUACGUUUGCUGAACUUGAAAGCUAUAAAUCAAUUCUCUUUGAGUCCCUUCAUACAAUUCAUCAAGAUCCUAGAUAUCAGCCAUGUCAUGUUUCCACAAAGUUUUUAUGAUCAUAGUGUUUCAUAGUGUUAUCUUACCAACAUGGGUAGUUGGAAAACAACAAGUGCCAUGUUACUUCAUUUUUGGAGACUCCUUAGUUGACAACGGCAACAACAACCAUUUGGUCACCUUUGCCAAAGCCAUUUACCUUCCUCAUGGCAUUGAUUUCAGUUCUGGGCCAACCGGAAGGUUUUGCAAUGGGCGAACCUUUGCUGAUUUCAUGGCUGAACAUUUAGGUUUUAAUAGUCGCAUUCCUCCAUUUGCUCUUUCAAAUGGGUCGGAUAUACUACUAGGACUAAAUUACGCAUCAGCAGCAGCAGGAAUUCGCAGUGAAACUGGCCACCAUCUGGGCGAUCGCAUAACAUUUGAUCAACAACUGAAAAAUCACGAAAUGACAGUGUCGAGUAUCAGAGAGAUUCUAGGGGAGCCUGGGUUGGCAUCACAAUACCUAAAGAAGUGUCUCUAUCAUGUUGGAUUCGGCAGCAAUGAUUACCUUAACAACUAUUUUAUACCAGCAGUGUAUGAAACAAGCAGCAUGUUUACAGUUGAGAAAUUCACACAAGUCCUUAUUCAACAAUAUCGUAGACAAAUAUUGACAUUAUACAGUUAUGGAGCGAGGAAAGUAUCUUUAAAUGGCUUGGGUCCUGUCGGUUGCACCCCAUAUGAAUUGUCACGUCACUCUACGAAUGAAUCAUGUGUAGAAUACAUAAAUACAGCGGUUCAACUAUUCAAUCACAAUCUCAAAUUACUUGUUGAUGAGCUCAACAACGAUACCAGUCUACAAGAUGCAAAAUUUAUCUACUUGAACUUCUAUGAUAUGAGUAUGGAAGUCAUUCGACAACCUUCAGCUUUUGGAUUUACCGUAGCGAAUAGUGGAUGUUGUGGAACAGGGUUGAACAAUGGUGCUCUUACAUGUCUACCAUUCGAAGUUCCAUGUUUGAACAGGAGCGAAUAUUUCUUUUGGGAUGCAUAUCAUACUACUGAAGCCGCAAACAGAAUUGCCUCCAAAAGGUCGUAUCUUGCAAUUAAUAAUGUUGAUGUUUAUCCCAUUGACAUUUAUCACUUGGUUCAACUCUAGUUGUGGUUUGCACUGUAAUUGGUUUACAAUGCUACCUAAUAAACCAAAAUCAUUUGCCAUUUGUCAUCAUCCUCCUCUUCUUUUAUUCAUCUCUCUUCUUUUAUGUAUUAUGGCAUAUGUCAUUUUAUGAUAAGUUUAAAUUAAAUUAUAUUCAUGUGUAAUUUUAUGAUUUUUUUAAUUUUAUUAAAUUUCAUAUAUAGUACUUAAAUGUAAUAAAUGUAAUAAUAAAUUUAUAUCCAAUUUAUUAAUACAACUUUCU